CUUUGUUCAAAAAGAACAACUUUCUGUCAGUAUUCUUGCCAUAGGACCAGACUAAAGGCAUAGACCGAGCCAUGUUGCAGUGGAUAGUAAUUUAUUUCCUUGUUUUUGUGGCUGCAAGAUUCACAGUAACCAAAACUGUUAGCUCAUUUUCAGAAUGUGAAGGACUUUUUUAUAAACACACGGAACCUCAAGGAUUCAGCACACAAAACACAGUGAAAAUCUGUCAGAGAUUUUAUGGCUACUACCGGUUUGCAACUCUCUACAGUACUGAAUACAGAAUUCCAGUGUACAAUGCCUUCCAGCUAACCUAUCCUUCAUUUGAGAGCACUUGGAAUGAAAUGU